GCGUACCAACGCCGCCAUUUCCUUCUGUAUCUCUUCCAUAAAAUUCUUCAUACACUGAUACACUCUCAAGGACCAACCCACAAACAUAUCUCGCCAUUGUUAAAACGUGCUCUUCCUUGAUUCUCUAGAUUCUUGAUCAACAUAUCUACGAUAGAAAACACAGAAAGUUAAGGGCAGAACCAAACACAAAAGACAGCAAGAAACAAAAGAAAUUCUUUGCUGUAUGUCAAAGACGUAUAUUGACAAUAGUAAUUGUAACUAUUAUCACUGCUGUAUCAACUACGAGUACUCAGGGAGGCACAGUGAGGUAGCAAAUCCAUUGCAAUGGCCUCAACUUCGGAAAAAGCGACGCCCCUUUUCCCUGAAGCUUCUAUCUCCGCCUCUGCCACGGCUGCCAGCCGUGAGGUCUGGACCCCGGCUGAUCACGCUGAAAUCCCACAACCAAAGCAACCUUCCCCUUCUUCUGUGAAAGCCAUUGUUGAGUCAUCUGCCCCAGCUUCUGCUUCCAAAGGUACAGGUCUACCACUACCAAGCAUGUCGAGGGCUCAAACCCGCCAUCCAUUGGAUCCUUUAACUGCUGCUGAGAUCUCUGUGGCUGUGGCAACUGUGAGGGCUGCUGGAGCAACCCCUGAGGUGAGAGAUAGCAUGCGAUUCAUUGAGGUGGGCUUGGUGGAACCGCCUAAAAAUGUGGUUGCUUUAGCUGAUGCAUAUUUUUUCCCACCUUUCCAACCGUCACUGUUGCCCAGAACAAAAGGUGGACCUGCAAUUCCUAGUAAACUUCCUCCCAGGCAAGCUAGACUUGUUGUUUACAAUAAAAAAUCAAAUGCGACAAGCAUCUGGAUUGUGGAACUAUCAGAAGUUCAUGCUGUGACUCGAGGGGGUCAUCACAGGGGCAAAGUCAUUUCCUCAACAAUUGUUCCCAAUGUACAGCCUCCAAUGGAUGCUGUUGAAUAUGCUGAAUGUGAAGCUGUUGUGAAGGAGUUUCCUGCUUUUCGAGAAGCAAUGAAGAAGAGGGGUAUUGAGGAUAUGGACCUUGUGAUGGUUGAUCCCUGGUGUGUUGGUUACUAUGGCGAGGCUGAUGCACCUAAUCGCAGACUUGCUAAACCACUCAUCUUCUGUAGAACUGAAAGUGACUGCCCCAUGGAAAAUGGUUAUGCCCGUCCAGUUGAAGGAAUCCAUGUAUUGGUUGACAUGCAAAAUAUGGUUGUACUAGAAUUUGAAGAUCGUAGACUGGUUCCCUUUCCACCACCUGAUCCAUUGAGGAACUAUACGGCUGGUGAAACACGGGGUGGUGUUGAUCGGAGCGAUGUAAAACCUAUACACAUCAUUCAACCUGAGGGUCCGAGUUUUCGUGUUGAUGGUCAUUUUGUUCAAUGGCAAAAGUGGAAUUUUCGGAUUGGUUUCACCCCUAGGGAGGGUUUGGUUAUUUACUCUGUUGCAUAUGUUGAUGGUAGCCGAGGACGUAGGCCUGUGGCCCACAGAUUAAGUUUUGUUGAGAUGGUAGUUCCUUAUGGAGAUCCAAAUGAUCCACACUAUAGAAAAAAUGCUUUUGAUGCUGGGGAAGAUGGACUUGGUAAAAAUGCUCAUUCUUUGAAGAAGGGUUGUGACUGUUUGGGAUAUAUAAAGUACUUUGAUGCACACUUCACGAACUUUACUGGAGGUGUUGAAACAAUUGAAAACUGUGUUUGCUUGCAUGAAGAGGAUCAUGGAAUUUUAUGGAAGCAUCAAGAUUGGAGGACAGGUUUAGCUGAAGUGAGGAGGUCACGUAGAUUGACAGUAUCGUUUAUAUGUACUGUUGCAAACUAUGAGUACGGAUUCUUCUGGCACUUCAAUCAGGAUGGGAAAAUCGAAGCUGAGGUAAAGCUCACAGGUAUUCUCAGCCUAGGUGCUCUGCAACCUGGAGAAGUUCGAAAGUAUGGAACAACCAUUGCGCCAGGAUUAUAUGCACCAGUGCAUCAACACUUUUUUGUGGCACGCAUGGACAUGGCUGUUGAUUGCAAGCCUGGAGGAACUCAUAAUCAGGUUGUUGAGGUAAAUGUCAUAGUUGAAGAACCAGGAGACGAUAAUGUUCACAGCAAUGCAUUUUAUGCUGAAGAGAAACUGCUCAAAACUGAACUGGAAGCAAUGCGUGAUUGCAAUCCUUCAACUGCUAGGCAUUGGAUUGUCAGGAAUACAAGGGCGGUCAACCGUACUGGGCAACUAACAGGCUACAAACUAGUGCCUGGUUCAAAUUGCCAGCGACUGGCUCGUCCUGAGGCAAAGUUUCUAAGAAGAGCAGCAUUCUUAAAGCACAACCUUUGGGUCACCCCUUACUCACAUGAUGAGAAGUUUCCAGGAGGAGAGUUUCCCAAUCAAAAUCCCCGUGUUGGAGAAGGGCUGGCUACGUGGGUGAAGGAGAAUCGACCACUGGAGGAGACCGACAUUGUUCUUUGGUACGUUUUUGGAGUUACACAUGUCCCUCGCCUGGAAGACUGGCCAGUCAUGCCAGUGGAGCACAUCGGCUUUACGCUCAUGCCUCAUGGGUUUUUCAAUUGCUCACCAGCCAUAGAUGUUCCUCCUAGCUUGUGUGACUCAGAUGUGAGGGAGAAUGGGAUGAUAACAAAGCCAUGCCAUAAUGGACUUGUUGCCAAGCUUUGAGAGUGGUUAUGCCUUUUGGAUUCUCCUCCUCGAUUUUUAAGAAAAUAAAUAGUUUGCUCAAUCUUUCUUCAGUGCCAGUGUUAAGGGCGGGCUCACCCAAUGUGUGUGUAAUUUAGAUAAAAUUAAAAUAAAUUAAUAUUAUAUGAUUUUGUUUCACAUAAAUACAAUUUAUGUAAAUGAAUUAAAGACUUUGAUUUA